CGAUAGCCCUGUUACCGUACCCUCGCUCUUCAAAAGAUAUCGUAGCAGUCAGAUUCUACCAGCAUGCCGAACACGGUUAGAGAUGUGCAUGCGAACAAUGCGAACGUCCAAGUUGGGGAUAGAAUCAGCAUCUACCAAACAGACCGAUGUCUCGCAGACUUGCGUACGACCGAUCCUCGCAUCGACAAGAAGCGAAUAGAGGAUACGAAGGGCGGUCUACUUUACGGCGCCUACAGCUGGAUCCUCACGAACGAUGAGUUCCUCAAAUGGCGCGAUGGCGAAUCCCGUCUGCUAUGGAUUAAGGGCGAUCCUGGCAAAGGCAAGACGAUGCUUCUCUGUGGCAUCAUCGACGAGUUAUAUCCUAUGACAAAAUUAAAUGACAAGGACACCCCUGCUCUGCUCUCCUACUUCUUCUGCCAGGCAACCGACGCGCUGAUCAAUAAUGCGACUAGCGUUUUAUGUGGCCUUAUUUUCCUGAUGGUAAAGCAACAACCGGCCCUCAUAUCCCAUAUACGCGAAAAGUAUGAUGAGGCAGGAGGGAAGCUCUUCGAAGGCCCAAAUGCCUGGUGGACUCCGGCCGAAAUUUUCGAGAACAUUCUCCAAGACCCGCAUCUAUCACCUUCAUAUCUAAUUGUCGAUGCCCUUGACGAGUGCAUUGACUACUUACAACUGGUCAAACUCAUUAUCAAACGGUCGUCUAUAUCCCGAGUCAAGUGGAUUGUAUCUAGUCGCAAUUGGCCAGACAUCGAAGAAAGCCUAGAUGAUACAGAAUUUAAAUUAACCUUUCUCUUGAACUUAAUGCAGUGUCAAUCUCUAUAGCUGUUAGGAUAUAUGUCCAGUACAUGGUGGACAAAUUAGCGUGGCGAAAGAGCUACGAUCAGCAAAUACGGGGGGCAAUCCAAGAGUAUUUGCUGUCUAACUCAGGUGGUACUUUCCUCUGGGUGGCCUUGGUCUGUCAUGCUCUCGAGGACAUAAGCGACCGCACGACAGUCACCAGCUGGCCGUUGCGUGGCGCGCCGAUUCAGCUCAUCACUACCCAUCCCCAGGCCCGCUGGUCGAUCCGGGCCGCCUUGCUCAAUGACACGACGAGCUUCGUCAACCUCGUGCCCGACAUAGUGCAACAAGGUCUGGGCACCUUCUGCCUGCCAGCCCUCCCUGGGCACGAGUCCUAGCAGGGCCAGGACGCGGUGAUUCAG